GUGGAACCCUGCAACUUCAGCCUCCAUUUCGUUUGCCUGCCCUUCAAGGGAUCCGGCGGCGAGCCACAUUUGGAUGUGGAUCUUGACAUCCAGGAGCUUUCCACUUUACUGGAUAUGACCCAGCUGAAGGGCUUAGCAGCCAUCAUCGGCUACGUGCAGCGAUGGGUCCGGCAAGACAAUCUCUUCCAGUGGAAGCCUCCGCCAUCAUCGUACAG